AUGUUCCGAAACAAUUAUGAUAACGACUCCGUCACCUUCUCGCCACAAGGACGAAUCUUCCAAGUUGAAUAUGCCUCCGAAGCUGUGAAGCAAGGAAGUGUCGUCGUAGGAAUAGUCAGCAAGACACAUGCCGUCCUUGUCGCAUUAAAGCGCAACGCAGAAGAGCUGUCCUCCUACCAAAAGAAAGUCAUCGCCAUCGACGAACAUCUCGGUCUGGCCCUGGCAGGCUUAGCAUCCGAUGCCCGCGUCCUCUCCAACUUCAUGAAGCAACAAUCCCUCUCUUCCCGCCUGACCUACGGCCGCGCCAUCCCCCUCGAACGCCUCGUAUCCUCCAUCGGCGACAGAGCACAAACCAAUACCCAACAUUACGGAAAGAGACCAUAUGGUGUCGGACUCCUGGUUGCGGGUGUGGAUGAGACGGGACCGCAUCUAUUCGAGUUCCAGCCUUCGGGUAUGACGCAGGAGAUGGUUGCUUGUGCGAUUGGAGCUCGGAGUCAGAUGGCGAGGACGUAUUUGGAGAGAAAUUUGGAGAAGUUUGCGGAUGCGGGGAGAGAGGAGUUAGUUAAGCAUGGGCUGGCGGCUUUGAAGGAGAGUUUGGCACAGGACAAGGAGUUAACGGUAGAGAAUUGCAGUGUCGGUGUUGUUGGUGUUAGAGCGGAGGGUGCAAAGGCUAUUGAGGCAUUCAAGCUUUAUGAUGGGAUGGAGGUUAAGCAAUGGGUGGAUUUGGUGGCAGAGGGUAAUGAGACUGCGGAGGGGGGAAUGGAGGUCGAUUCGUAG